UCGUCACACAACACCGAAAAAAGGCUUGGAUACCAUGGAUUUGUUGGUCGGGUUGUCAUUGAUAGCAGGCUCGGUGAUGUUUGGCGCUUACUAUACCACGUGGGUGAUUAUUUUGCCAUUUGUAGAUGAGGACAGCUUCCUACAGAAUUUUUUCCCACCCAAAUUCUUUGCAGUGGCUACUCCUCUGAUAAUCGGUGUCAUUGGUCUUACUGUGAUAGGUAUAUUUGCGAGCAUCAAAAUGUCAUGGAGACGGGAUGCAACCAAGCUCAAAACUUCAUAACCAGGAAUGGGAUACUGUUCUACAGUGAAGUUAGAUGAUCCUUGUUCGAUCCAUUUCAAUGACUUGCGGACUUUUAUAGAAGCCACACAGCGUUGUGCUUUUUUCAUUCGCUAUAUGUAAAAUUGAUGAACUUGAAAAAUGAAAAAGUUUGAAAGAUGAAAGUCAACAAGACGAAUGUAAUUCACACAUUACUUUUAUUUAUGGGAAACUAUCACACUAAAUGCAUAUCCUUUGGUA